AAAAUUUAUUUCAAAUGAAUUUCACUCCUCAACAACUCUCUGGUGGAGGCAAGUAUUCCCACAAGACAAGAGUGGGCAACUGGUAUGAAGACUUUGAGGAAAGAGAAGAAAGAAUGAAAAAGUACAUCAAAGAAAAGGAAGAAAGUAAAUUAGCAGUUACUAAGACUCAACAGAAGUUCGCAGGCUCAUUCAAAAAGGUCCCACACAGUUACUCUGCUGAUGGCUAUCUUAGAUAUGGUGACAAAGUUAUGCUCUUGAACAAGAAAACUGAAGGAUAUUUGGUCUUUGAUAUGGGAGAUAAAAUAGUUACUCAUGAUGAAGCAUAUGCCAAUACUACUAGUAAGAAAGCAACUGAAGCAAGCGCAAGGAAUAUAUUCCAAUUAAACAAGGCUGAUGAUGACUCUGAUGAAAUAAUUAGAUAUGGAGACAAGAUAAGAAUUCAAGCAAAUAAAUUCAUGACUGGAAAGAAUUUGUACCUCCAUUCUUGUCAGAUUUCUCCUCUCUGCUAUGCUAGAUUCUCUAGACAUCAAGAGGUAUGAAUGCAUAUUAAGAAAAUCUACAAUACCGUUUGGACUGUUGAGCCUGUAGAUCCAUUAAAGAAGAAAAUUGACCACGGAAAGCCAGUUCCAGCAAAUUCUGCUAUCACUAUAAAACACUGUUCAACUGGAGAGCUUCUAGCUAGUGAUCUUAUUGAUUACAGAAAUGAUUUUGGAUUAGAAUACGAAGUCUGUGUUCAUAACAAUGCUACUAAGAACAAGAGCCAGAACCUGGCUCUUGAAUCAGCAGGAGCUAUAGCCAGUGAUAGCGCUACUAAAUUCCUUCAUGAUCAAAACGUUUGGAUGUUCUGAACCUCUAGUGACCCAAAGGCUGCUGAAGAAGUAGAGGAAGAAAUGAAAUACACCGUUGAUGAUCUCCUUAAAGAUAUCAAGAACAAGCUACUUGAGAGAGGCUCUUACGGAAUCAGAGGGUUAGCAAGACAAUUCAAAAUCCUUGACAACGACGGUGGUAGAAAGCUUGAUCUCAAGGAAUUCCAAGAUGGAAUGCUUGAUUUUGGUUUCACUCUCACAGAUGAGCAAGCACAGCUCUGCCUCAAAAAGUUUGACAGGGAUGGCGAUGGCCAUGUUAACUUCGAUGAGUUCUUGAGAUAUCUGAAAGGAGACAUCAAUGAGUUUAGAGAAAAUCUCAUCAAACUUGCCUAUGAUAAGCUAGACAUCAACAAGGAUGGACAAGUCACUUUGGAAGAUAUUGCUAAGCUGUAUGAUGCUUCCCAUCACCCAGAUGUAAUCUCCAAAAAUAAGACAGAGGAGCAAGUUUAUGAGGAGUUCAUGAGCCAAUGGGAUACACAAGUCGCUGAUGGGAUAGUAACCUUUGAUGAAUUCGUAGAGUACUUUAAAGAUGUAUCAGCCUCCAUUGAUACAGAUGAAUACUUCGAAGUCAUGAUUAGAAACGCUUGGGGAAUCUAG